AUGGUGCCACGGAUAGCUUCUCUAUGGAGUCGAAGGCUUCUAGGGCCGGAGCCACUUUCCAUUUGCUCGUUCGUAUGCAGACAACAGCGUCAUGUCUCCCGACGACCUUUUUCUACCCCAUCUGCACGACUACAGCAGAUUCCCUCGCCCUCUCUACAGAGUAAGAUGUCGUAUUCUAAAAAUCAAUCUUCCUUGUACUAUACCAUCAGCUUAAUUAUCGGAACUGUUGCGCUCGCAUACGGAUCGGUUCCCAUGUACAAAAUGAUAUGCCAACAGACCGGCUGGAACGGUCAGCCUGUCCAAACGCACCGCACAGAAGAAAACCCCGCCUCUCGCCUCAAACCCGUAACCUCAUCCCGUCGAUUACGAAUUACAUUCAACGGAUCGGUAUCCGACGUCCUACCCUGGAAAUUCACCCCCCAGCAGCGGGAAGUUAGAGUUCUCCCGGGAGAAACGGCGUUGGCGUUUUAUACAGCAACAAACAAGGGUCCCGAGGACAUCAUCGGCGUUGCUACGUACAGCGUUACUCCGGCGCAGGUGUCUCCAUACUUCAGCAAAAUUCAGUGCUUCUGCUUCGAGGAACAGAGAUUGAGCGCAGGCGAAUCUGUGGAUAUGCCGGUAUUUUUUUUCAUAGAUCCGGAUUUUGUCAAUGAUCCGGCUAUGAGAAACAUUGAAACUAUUACGCUGUCGUAUACUUUUUUCAAAUGGUUAUGGACUGGUGAAUCAUUCUUGCAAGAUUGGAUAACCAAUUCCACCUACAGUCCGCCCUAUUACAUUGCGAUCGAACAGCUUAGGCCUAGAAGCCUUGAUGCUCUCACCUACCAUAAUGACCUUUCUGCUCGAUUAAAAUCGCUUGCGCAAAGCGGCGAUUUCCCUCACCUUCUCGUUUAUGGACCGUCGGGGGCAGGAAAGAAAACUAGAAUAAUUGCUACACUUAAAGAACUCUUUGGUCCCGGAGUCGAAAAGAUUAAGAUCGAUGCGCGGAUCUUUCAAACCACCAGCAAUCGCAAGCUGGAAUUCAAUAUUGUCUCCUCCAUCUACCACCUUGAAAUCACGCCGUCCGAUGUCGGGAAUUACGACCGGGUUGUGGUGCAGGAACUUCUAAAGGAGGUUGCGCAAACGCAGCAGGUCGACUUGUCCGCGAAGCAGCGAUUUAAGGUCGUUGUGAUUAACGAGGCAGAUCAUCUCACGCGAGAUGCGCAGGCAGCCCUACGAAGGACGAUGGAAAAAUACAGUCCAAACCUGAGACUUAUUCUUCUUGCCAACAGCACAGCGAAUAUCAUCGCUCCCAUUCGAUCCAGAACCCUCCUUGUUAGAGUCGCCGCGCCCGCCGAGGCUGAAAUAUGCCAAGUGUUGAAACUUGCAGUGAAAAAAGAAGGCUGGACAGAGGCGCCAGGCCUUAACAAGCGGAUAGCUAAGGAAAGCGGGCGGAAUCUUAGGCGUGCUCUUCUCAUGUUAGAAGCUAUAUAUGCACAAAACGAGAAAGUCACGGAUGAUACUCCUAUCCCGCCACCAGACUGGGAGGCAUUGAUUUCCUUGAUUGCAGAUGAAAUCAUGGCAGAUCGUUCACCUGGAAGAAUUCUUCAGGUUCGAGCAAAAUUAUACGAUCUGUUAACGCAUUGUAUCCCCCCAACAACCAUACUCAGGACAUUGACUUUCAAACUAAUACCCAAAAUCGACGACGCGUUGAAACCUGAAGUUAUCAAAUGGGCAGCUUUUUACGAACAUAGAAUAAAGCUUGGAAGUAAAGUUAUAUUUCAUCUUGAAGCGUUUGUUGCCAAAUUUAUGCGAGUACUCGAGAGUUACUUGAUGGGCCUUGAAUUCUAAAUACUUGCACCUCUCUCCAUGUCGUUAGCGUGUAGCGUUACCUGGCUUUUUUGUGACUGGUUUUUGUUCUGAGAAAUCUGCGAAAUUGGGAUCUAGCUUAUUGCUAUCCGAUGGUUUAUGGCUUGGUCUUGAGGUGCAUCGAGUAAGGGAGAAUAAUAUGCCAUCGUCCAACACUACAAUCCAAUUGUACAAAAUCAAUUGUAUUCAUUUCCCACUUUAUAAUCCCAAAAUGCCCGUUGCCAAUUCCUAUAACCUCGCCGC